AUGGCCUCUUCAUCACCCUUGUUUCUCGGAUUGGACUUGUCGACCCAGGCUCUCAAGGCCAGUCUACUCGAUGGCUCUCUUCACGUUCUCGCAGAGGUCGCUGUCAACUUUGAUGCCGAGCUGCCCGAGUACGGUACCAAGGGCGGUGUGCUGCUAGGGCCCGAAGGUUCCGGUCAAGUCUUCAGUCCUGUGAUGCUAGCAGUGGCAUCCUUUGACCGGCUCGCAGAGAAGAUCGAGGCAGAGUCCUGGCCUGUCGAGCGCAUCAGAGCAGUCAGUGCAGCAGGUCAGCAGCACGCCUCGGUAUACUGGUCAAAGAAUGCUUCCAAGCUCCUCGCGGGCCUCAAUGGCCAGAAAGGUAGCGCGAAGCUCGCACAGCAGCUAGAAGGAGCCUUCUCACGGCAGAUUGUCCCCAAUUGGCAGGACUCGUCCACCACUACCGAGUGUCAGGAAUUCGAGAGGCAUAUCGGCGGAGCUUCUAAGCUCGCAGAGAUCACCGGUUCGAGAGCAUACGAGAGGUUUACAGGCCCACAAAUCAUGCGCUUUAGAAAAGAGGAGCCUCAAGCUUACCUCGACACAGAUCGAAUCAGUCUGGUCAGCAGCUUUGUCACCACCAUGCUCUGCGCAGAUGGAGAGAUCAAGGGCAUCGAUGAGAGUGAUGCAUGUGGCAUGAACCUCUGGGACCUCUCUACUCCGACCCGAGGAUGGAGCUCGCCUCUGCUGGAGCUAGUCUCUGGAGAGGCUCAGAAGGGGUGCGAGAGCUUCGGAGGCGCUGAAGAGCUCUACCGUAAGCUCGGCCGGGUUGAAAGCGAUGGUGGACGUCCCGUAGGCAGGAUCGGCAAGUGGUGGCAGGAAAGGCUGGGCUUCCACCCAGACUGCAUUGUCUGCCCAGCCACAGGAGACAAUCCGGCGACCUUGAUGUCUUUUGCUCUCUCCCCCAAGGAAGCGCUCAUCUCCAUGGGCACAUCAGACACCCUCUUGAUCCCUACGCCCUUCUUCAGCACCUCGGACGCCUACCACGUCUUCUACCAUCCCGCACGCGUUGCACAACCCAAUGCCACCGAGAAGAGUGGGGGCGGCUCGUCUUCUGGAGACGUGAUCCCUACAGAUAAUGCCUUCUUCAAUAUGCUCGUCUACAAGAACGGUUCCUUGGCGCGUCAGGCAAUCCGGGACGAUUACAGUGGUGCUUCUUGGGAGAAGUUCGACGCAGCAGUACAAGCCGGCUGGCCAGCCACAUCUCCGUCCUCGCCAGCAAACCUAUCAAGGAUGGGCUUCUACUGGCUCAAGGCCGAGAUUAUUCCGCCCAAGGCACAAGGGAUCCACCUCUAUUCAAGCAACGGUGACUCUAGUGGCGCACAGCGCAGCUCUUGCUUCGACCGUGUAGAGGCAUUCCCUGAGCCAAUCCACCAUGCCUCGGCCAUUGUCUCUUCGCAAUUCCUCUCCUACCGGUCCCGCAUCGGAGCCAUCCUCGGUCUACCCUCCCCCUCCGAACAGUCUCUUCACCCAGACACCAAUGGAUCCUCGAAUGGCCACAGCAACGGCAAUGGGGUGCACAAGCGAACCGGUCUCCAAGGCCAACUACAGCGCAUGUACGCCUCGGGAGGCGCUUCCUCCAAUGCCACGCUCCUGCAGACGCUUUCGGACGUGCUGGGAUGUGAGAUUUGCAAGCCAGAGGAGGACAAGGGGACGAAUGCCUGCAGUGUUGGCGCAGCGCUCAAGGCUGCCUGGGCUUGGCGGCGGGUAGAGCUCGGCGCAGGCAGUGACGGCAGUGGUGCCCAGCCCUCCUUUGAGGAGUUCGUCCGAGACGCCAGGAGUCAGACUAAUCAGGCUGAACAAAAGGCACACGGGAUCAAGGUUCUCGCGCAUCCCAAUCAAGAGAGGAACGCGGCGUACGAAAGCUUCCUUCCUACUUGGGAGGAGCUGGAGAGUAGAGCUCGUCAGGGCAUAUAG